CAUGGGAGACAGGCCUGGGACCUGUGAGGAGGAGAUAGUGAACUUAUCUCAUGUGCCAAAGCCAGUGGGUCGUGGUGUCCCCAUGCCUGAGAAGUUAUCUGUAGAUUAUUUGACUUCUUACAAUUUGUAACCAAAGAUCCUUUUCUUACAAUUUGGUGGGUUUAUGUGCGCACUAAUAGGAGAUAUCUCUAUACGUUUACUGUGUGCAGGUUAAUAAAUUGUCUCUGGGCACCAAGUACUGAUCAUGGCUGGAAUUGUGUUUCUUUCCCCAGGAAAAUGGCAGGUACAAGAAGUUUCUGGGCAGAUUUAUUUUUAGAAUGGGUAAAUAACCUUAAUGGUCUGUCCCAUGAGGAAUAUGAAGAAUUCCAGGCUGCUGUCUGUGCAGGAAACCUUGCUGAAGCCAUCGCGGUGGUGAGGAAAUCUGAUGCCUUGUUAAAAAAUACCAAGCUUGACGUUGCCAUCACCGGAGAGCAGGGCUCUGGCAAGUCAUCUUUCAUCAACGCCAUCAGAAGCCUAGCUGAUGAUGAUGAAGGUGCAGCUGAGACCGAGGUGAUAGAAUCAGUAAAGGAGGCAACUCCUUAUCCACAUCCCAAGCACCCAAAUGUCAUGAUGUGGGACCUGCCUGGGAUCGGGACACCAAAUUAUCCAACAAACACAUAUGUGAAAAAGGUGAAUUUUGCUCACUAUGAUUUCUUCAUCAUUAUCACAGCAGGACGGUUCCGAGAGUCGGAUGCCAGCCUGGCCCAGGAGAUACAGAGGAUGGGGAAGAAGUUUUACUUUGUCCGCUCCAAG